GGCGCUCCAAAGACCAGAGGAAACCCGAGGGAUGGAGGCGGGACCAGGAGGAGAGUGGGCUGCAAGCCACAGAUAACAUUCUGCCCAGCACAGCAGGGGUCAAUUUGGUUCACUUGCCCAGUGACAAGAAGGAAAAAAAAAAAGUGGGCUGUAACCUAAGGAUCUUAAGACUCACAAGUAAGGGGUUGGUUUGGAGGUGGGAGGAGGGAGUGAGGAGUCGAGGAGGAGACUGGACUCGGGAGGGUGCAGGAAACUCUUUGGGGCUGGGGCCAGGCAGGAGAGGGUGGGGAAGUCUGUGGGCGCAGUCAUCCUCCAGGGUCCGGUCCAGAGGCAGCUUCUCCCGCUGUGGGGACGGGCUCUGGACACCUUUGGCUCUUCUUGCCUGUUUUCCAAGGCGCAAGCCAGAAGCACGGGCGCUAGCUUGCUGAGCUGGUGACACAGGACACAGCCACAGAGCUGGUUCCCCCGGGGACCCCUGCCUGUCUGCUCUCUGGCCGGCAGCAUGGAGGAAAGUAGCGAAUUUGACAAUGACUAUGGGGCAGACAACCUGUCUGGGUGUGAGUACACGGACUGGAAGUCCUCGGGGGACCUCAUCCCGGCCAUCUACCUGCUGGUCUUCCUCCUGGGCACCACGGGCAACGGCCUGGUGCUCUGGACCGUGUUCCGGAGCAGCCGGGAGAAGAGGCGCUCGGCUGACAUCUUCAUCUCCAGCCUGGCCGUGGCCGACCUGACGUUCGUGGUGACCCUGCCGCUGUGGGCCACCUACACCUACCGGGACUACGACUGGCCCUUCGGCACCUUUGCCUGUAAGCUCAGCAGCUAUGUCAUCUUCGUCAACAUGUACGCCAGCGUCUUCUGCCUCACCGGCCUCAGCUUCGACCGCUACCUGGCCAUCGUGAGGCCGGUGGCCAACGCCCGGCUGCGGCUGCGGGUCAGCGGGGCCGCGGCCACGGCGGCGCUCUGGGUGCUGGCCGCGCUCCUGGCCAUGCCGGCCAUGGUGUUGCGUGCCACGGCCGAGGUGCCUUCCGGCCUGGACAAUGUCACGAAGGUGCAGUGCUACAUGGACUACUCCAUGGUGGCCACCCUCAGCUCCGAGUGGGCCUGGGAGCUGGGCCUGGGGGUCACGUCCACGGCGCUGGGCUUCGUGGUGCCCUUCACCAUCAUGCUGACCUGCUACUUCUUCAUCGCGCAGACCAUCGCGGGCCACUUCCGCAAGGAGCGCAUCGAGGGCCUGCGCAAGCGGCGCCGGCUGCUGAGCAUCAUCGUGGUGCUGGUGGUGACCUUCGCGCUCUGCUGGAUGCCCUACCACCUGGUGAAGACGCUCUACACGCUGGGCAACCUGCUGCACUGGCCCUGCAGCUUCGACCUCUUCCUCAUGAACGUCUUCCCCUACUGCACCUGCAUCAGCUACGUCAACAGCUGCCUCAACCCCUUCCUCUACGCCUUCUUCGACCCCCGCUUCCGCCAGGCCUGCACCUCCAUGCUCUGCUGCGGCCACAGCAGGUGUGGGGGCGCCUCCCACAGCAGCAGUGGGGAGAAGUCGGCCAGCUACUCCUCCGGGCACAGCCAGGGGCUUGGCCCCAACACCGGGAAGGGCGGAGAGCAGACCCAGGAGAAAUCCAUCCCCUACAGCCAAGAGACCCUUGUGGUUGACUAGGGCUGGGACCCCAGAGAAGCCUGGUGCCCUCUGCACGCCCCAGCCUCUCGCCCUUGCUCUCUGAAAGUCAGGUAGCUCGAGGGCACUUUUGCUCUUGCACUGGACGCCAUCCUGGCUCCCUGCCUCCCGCCUUCCUCUUGCACUCCUUUCUCCUUUAGUUUUUGGUCAGAGGUUGCGGUGUGAUGGAAGGAGACUGAGCCCUGCAGAUCUGAGCUUGGUCACUCAACAUCUGUGAGACUGACUUUGCACAAGUCUCUUAACUUCUCCGAGCCUCAGUUUCUCCAUUUGUGUAUGUAUAAUGGGGGAAGUCAUACGGGCACUGAAAUGAUGGGUGUGUCUGGCUCAGUAAAAGUUGGUGUCUUCGCCCCCCCCCCCAUCUUUCAUUCUGGGAUCUCAGCUCUUCUUUCUCCUUCCUUUCCGUUUAGUUUUCUCUACCCUCUCCCUCCCUUUGUUUUCCCCUCUAUCUCUGUAUAGUUUUUUACCCUCUGAAUCCUUAGCUCUGGCUCCCGCCCCUCUCCCAUAGCUCAUUCCUCCCCUCAAUCCAUUCUUCUUCCUCUUUUUACCUCCUUGUUGUGAGGGGCUCCUAAGGGUUAAGAAUCCUGAAGCUUGUAAACACUCUUUAUCCUGUUCUCUGAGAAAGCCAAGGGAAUGGGCUGGGGCGGGGGUGGGCUGGGUGUCAGGGACAAGUUAGCACUAGCACUCCAGUCUGCAGGAGCUCAAAACCUUUCCCCCAAAUCGGAUCAGAGUGCUGUGAUUUUAGGCACCUCUGGGGGCUCCCUUCCUGCAGCCCAUCCGUGAUGCCAACCAGACGAGCUUUCUGCAGUUUUCCUGGGACGCUGUCAUUCAUCCUCUCAUCUCUGCAGGAACUGAAGGGCAGUGGGUUCACAAGCCACGGGCUCCUUGGAUUCCUCCUGUGAAUGGGGGGGUGGGGUGGGAAGGGACAGGGAGAAAAAGGAGAGUCAGCAUUUGGUCUGUAUGUGACUUGGCUUCUCUCCCACAAUCUUGUCCCUCCAACCUCCUUCAGAGCUGAGCUUACCCCACCCCACCCAUCACCCCAGGAUGCGUUUCUUGGGCACUGGUGCUACUCCAUGCCAAGAGUCAACUUUGGAUGUGGUGGAGAUGCUUGCCUUGUGUGUGUAUAUGUAUAUAUAUGUAAGCCUGGGUGAACAUAGCAUGACAGCAGUGUGCCUGUAUCACUUGUCACUUGGAUGAACCCCCCGUCUCUAUUCUUCACACAGUAUGUUUGAGAGAAGAAGGGGCAUAUUGAGGCAAUAUAGAAUAAAAGGGAGCCCACCCCCACUGGAUUUGGGGGCUCUGACGGCUGGUCCGUGCUUUAAGAGAGAAGCCUGUGUUUGUGUUUGCUCUUGGCUUCCUGUGGGGACAUCUCUCCCCAGAGCUGCUGACACUGAAGCUUGGGGACGAACUAUGGUCCCAUGUGCUGGGUCCCCAGACCUUCCCUAGUUCCAUGAAGGAACCAGGAGGCUGGUGGAAAGCUUCCCUGGGCCCCGUUCUCACACCUUCUCACCUUGCUUUGAGUUUAUGGGCGUUUCUUUCAACACCCUCCCUUUUUACUGGGUCUGUGACCCUCUUCCUAAAGGGGAACAUCUGCUUGCCAUGGGGUGAAGAGCCCUAUGAGUUUUUCUCACUCCUCCAUCAGGAUUGGACCCCUUGGCUUCUCUCGCUUGGUUGGGGGCUGAGAGCAGUGCCUGGAGCAGCCGUGCAGGGCUGACAGCAUGAGUCCACACAUCCAGAGAGACCUUGAGGGCGGCAUUGAUGGUCCGGCCUUUGUGAGCUGGGGGCAGGGUGUGUAUGUUCCAGGUUUUGUCUUUGGAGGAUUCUAGACGUGAAGGACAAGACAUCAGCCAUGGAGGCAGGAAGAGCCCAGCUUGGUGUAAAUGGACAUCUUGGUCAUUGCUGGGAUGAGGUCAGCUCUGGGAGUGGAAGGAGGAGGAGAAGGAGAAUGGAGAGACUCAGCUUAGUAAUCUCCCCAUCACAAGCCAGCAUCUUCCACAGACUUACUUUCUCAGCCCAGGACUGUCCUCAAAGCAUCCAGCCAAGGGUGAAAGAAGCUUCUAGAAGGGAAGAAGGUGUGCCCCUCAGAGAUCCUCCUGGGGACUUGCAGAGACCUCCCACCUGGAACUCAUCAGUGGUCCUGGAUAGAGGGUGGAAGAGGCUGCCUGCAGUGUCCCUCCCUUGUCCCCAAUCUGCCCCUUCUUGGAAUGUCUAUGCUAUUUUCUGACCCUGUUGGUCACUGCGGUUCAUCAAAUAAAUCUGUUUUGUGUAA